UACGGCAUUCAGUAUACGCCGCGUCGGGAGAGUGGAGCAAGAGAACAUUGCUUGGGUCGUUCUACCCCAGCGAAGGAGCCAGUCUGCGCGGGUUCGGCAUCACAGCCUAAAUUCAGCCGCUCCACAAAAACCACAACGGCGGUAGCAGCAACCUGCAGCAGCCCAGCCCCCGAUGGCCAGUCUCUACGACGACCCGUUCGCCUACGACGGAACCGAUUUUACAGGCUUCCUUAGUCAGGAUCAGUUCGCAACCGGAUCGUCUCCCGAGGACUUCCAUGUCACAUCCGCCACGGAAGCGCAUUUCCCAGCCACCAUCCACCACUCACUCAAGGGAGCGCAUCAUCAGUCACAAUACCUCUCCCCAACCGACCCCCUAGUAGGGCCAACCCUCGCACACAAUGCCCUCCAAACACACCUCAACCGGUCGGCGCCAACCGACUUCCCCAGAAACCAACCUAACAACAAUACGCACAACACCGUAGGCCUAACCUGGGAUACCGCCGCCCCUCAAAAUGCCGACGAGAUCCAAAGCAUGCUCGCCUCCUUGCACAGGCUGCAGUCCGAGCUGCGGCAAACGGCGCUCGAGCGCGACGAGGCCCGGCUGCAGCUCUCGACGGCGCGCAACGAGCUGUACGCCUCGCGGCAGGACCAGAAGCGGCUGCGCGCGGAGCGCGACGAGGCGCGGUCGCAGGCCGACUUCCUGACCGCGGAGCGCGUCAAGGCCAAGCAGACGGAGACGCGGCUCAGGCGGGAGAGGAACGAAGCGCGCGCGAGGCUGGCGCUGCUCCUUUCUGCCAAUAAUGGCAGCGGGCCUGUGGUUAUUGGCGGCGCAGGGCGGACGGGGCCAUCGUCGAACCAACUUAUGGGGAUUGUUGGUGGGAGUGGUGCGGGUGGUGGCGGCAUGGAGAGUCAGGGGGAGGAGUCGGGGGAGUCGCCUCCUAUGGGUGCACUGUUGGCACGGGAUCAGGGGUGAUGUGUGUGUGUGUGUGCUUUCCUCUGCCUCAGGUGGGUUGUCGAGGCGGAUGUUGACACGGCAAAGAAAAACGGACGGUUUGAUACCGAGGCCUUGGGCGUUCAAUUGGUAGUAUCACGGAAACAAAGGGUUACUUGUGAUCUGGAUGGAGUUUGAUUGACGAUAUUCCUCUCCCCUUUUGGUUUGAAUUCAUAGUUUACAAAUUUUGUUGGAUAACGUAUAAGGCAUUAUCAACUCAUCGG